CUUGCAGCUUACAGAGUAUCAGAGAAGCAUGCUUCACUUCACACAGGCACAGAGCAACAUGAUUCAACUCACACAGGCACAGAGCAACGUGUCUCAUCUUACACAGGCACAGAGUAGCAUGUCUCUGCUCCAGGGAAUCUGGAACUACCUCCUACACUACGAGACCUGGUUAAGGUCUCCCCUUUUCCCUGUGCUGUUUUCACUGACAGUCUACUUAAGCUUCUGUUCACCUUUUGUGCUUCUGGACCUGCUGUCCUCCAGAAUCGACCUGGUGAGGAGAUACAAAAUCCAGCAGAAACCAGUGACCUUGAGGAUGAUGUGGACCUGUUUGGCUCUCUCCCUCUACAAUCACAUGGUGUACAUCUUCCCUCUGAGUGUGAUGCACUGGUACUGGAGACCUGUCUUCUACCCAGCAGAGGCUCCCAGAUUCCUAGAAGUCAUUGGGCACUUGGUAAGCUGUCUGCUGCUGUUUGAUUUCCAGUACUUCAUCUGGCAUGUGCUGCAUCACAAGGUGCCGUGGCUUUACCGCACGUUCCACAAGGUGCACCAUAAACACACGGCCACCUUUGCUCUCACUACAGAGUACUCAGGUGCUUGGGAGACGCUCUCGCUCGGCCUCUUCGCAGCGAUGAACCCCAUGCUGCUGGGCUGCCAUCCGUUCACCGAGAUGCUCUUUCAUAUCCUGAACAUGUGGCUGUCAGUUGAGGACCACUGUGGGUAUGAUCUGCCUUGGGCCACACACAGACUCAUUCCUUUUGGACUGUAUGGAGGUGCUCCACAUCAUGACCUUCAUCACCAGAAGUUCAAAGCCAACUACGCUCCAUAUUUUACUCACUGGGACAAGUUGUUUGGAACACUUCACUCCGAGUAAACAGACAAAAAAGGACUUUUAAAUCGCAAUACUAUUUUGCAUCAAAAUGAUCGCAGAGACUUUUACGAUUCAGUGAAUCUACAAAAUCAGUUCUUAUAAUUAACCAGAUAAAUACUAUUUCUUAUUUAUUGAAAGCAACUAAUUGUGAGUCCUGGUUGUGAGUCCUGAUAUUUUGUAUGUGUUUAUGCUUUUAUGAAGUUUAUGAAGAGGUACAUAUGAAGUUUGUUAUUUAAUUUAUAUUAAUAUGUAAUUUAUUCAUACAUAUUUAUUUCUAUAUUGACAACAAAGAACAAAGUACAAUAAAAAAGCUC